AUGCCGCGUGGCAAGAAUUACCGGCGCUCACUGGCAGCCCAAUGGAGAAUGGCAGAGCGGCGGACGGGGUCUUGGCAACCAGCGGGUUCCAAUGCCAGUUUGCACGCGGUGGUACAGGUUACGCCUAAAGUGCACGAAUGGCCAAAAUCUCCUUCACUGGGAGGCAGCCACAAGUUGGUCUCCAGCCGUGUCUCCAGACAAGAAGGACAGUUUUUGUGCUACUUGUGGGAGACUCCCAUUUGCGAAGCCUCGCAGAUGGACUUUGUACUGAUGCCAGAAGGAGGGCUCUCCUUCGGUGUCAUGUCUACCCCAGGGGCUUGUGCGACUGAGUUGAAGACCGAGGUCUUUGUCUAUGAUUUCCCGCCCCGCUUGAACAUCGAUGGCGUUUGGCAGGAUCACAUGCGGCAAGAAUUUCAUCGUGUGGCAGCUCGUUUAGGUGUGAAGUACUUCUCAAUUGCCGAGUACUUUCCUUUUGAUAAGCUCGAACUUUGGAGCAGAGAUGGCAUCCAUUUGAGCGACAGCAAUGGAAUGCCCAUCUUUGUGGAGGUGUUGUCGCGUACUGCUAUCCAGAAACCGAAUGUGGAACGUCCUCGGAGGGCUGCUGCCUCCAAGACCUCACGGGGCAAGCAGAAGGUUGGGUCCACUUUUGUGGACGUGUCUCCCACACACUUGGAGGUCACUGAGCUACGUCAACCAAACCCUCCACAGAGGACGCUUGUUGGACAGGGUCGCAAGAGGCACCAGUCUGGGGAACUUGAGCAGUCCUUUGGUGCACCGGAAAAGAGGAUGGUUCUGCAGCAGGUUAUGUUGGAGUCUUCCAUCCCGCUAACACCAGUCAACGUUAGCAUUGCGAUGUUGGAUAUGAUGGAUAAAGAUGUUCCAUCAAAUUCCAGCCCUGUGCAGAGCACAGUUCCACAAAGCUCAAAGAAACCAAAUGUGGAACGUCCUCGGAGGGCUGCUGCCUCCAAGACAAACCGGUCCAAGCAGCAGGUUGGUGCCGCUGUUGUGGAGGUGUCUUCCAUCCUGACACCUACCAGUGCUGUUGAAGUGAUAGUGCAGGAGGAGGAGGAGGUAACACCGGUGGCUGUGUCGUCUGCAAAGGCUUCAACUUCCAGGGCUGCAGAAGUGGCUGCGCUGGACUCAGGUUUCCCUACACUGCACACUGGGUCCAAGAAAGGUAAGGGCAAUGCUGAAAAAACCAUCAAAGGUAAGAGUGAUGUUGAUCCUACUGCUUGCAUGUGUUCAGAAAAGUUGCAAUCCUCCGUUGUUGCUGGGACUAAAGUCAGGGCUGCAUCAUUUCCUUUAGAUUAUAAUGCAUUGAUGGCAUGUAGUGUUGCGGCUGUGAUCAAACAUGGAAUUGCUCCUGUUUGUACAUGGCAAAAGUUAGAUGUUGAUGACAUACGUGCAGAAGGGAUGAAGUUGAAUGCUUACGUCACUAAAGAAAGCCAGGAAAGUGGUAAACAUAAGGAAAUGUGUAAAUUGAUUGAACAGCACUGUUUGUUUGGCAGGAGCUCUAAAGUACGUAUUGGAAAGCCAGUGUACGGAGAUUUUGGGUUGUUGGAAGAUGAGACUGUGCUUUACGAAAAGCUACAAGAACAUCUGUUGAGGGAUGGAAUGUGUCUGUUGAAUCUCCAAGGUGCAGUUUGUGCAGUUAUUCAUCACGGAGAUCUUUUUGUUGUAGUCGAUUGUGGCACACGUGACGCGUCUGGUUUGGCAGCCACUUUUGGCACAUCUGUGGCUGUUUUCAACACAUGCCUCAAUGACCUGAUGCUUCACAUCUUUAGUUUAAAGAACUCUUUGAAGGUGCAGUCGUUUGGCGUUAGUAGCAUUUCUGUGACGGCGGGGAAAGUUGAUCUUGACAGGCAGAAUGGUACUAGCUCUGUUGGGAUUGAACAUUACAUAGGAUCUGUCAGGGGAUCAUUCCAUCAGGGAGACUCUCGGUUCCAAUACGGAGGACUUCAGUGUAUGGCUAUAGGUUUGGUAGGCCUAGCAAAACAUACAAUUGACAGUGUGUUUUCAUGGCAGUCGGACGACUUGGAUGAAGUGGUAGUUUUAGGUGACAACUUGUACACCUCUUUGCGGGACAGCAACUUAAUUACUGAUGUGUCCAAAAUGCUGUGUGUUCCAGAUUUGCCCAAACAGUCCGUUAUUGACGGGCACAAGUUUGAGUUUGAAUAUGGUGACUAUGUCACUGGAGAGGUCGAUGUUGUUGAGGGAGAGCUUAUUGAGGCAGGUGUGUACACAACUUUAAGAAAUGGGUUAGAUAAAAUAUGCAUGAAAUAUAACACAUGCUUUCUGACAUUGAAUGGUAAUACAUGUGCAAUCAUUGGUCAGGAUGGACAGUACGCUGUGGUUGACUCUCAUGCACGCAGUAUGACUGGGUUGAUUGAUGAGAAAGGGCAGAGUGUUGUUGUGUAUUUUAGUUGCCUUGAACACGUAUAUGAUCACAUUUGCAAAUUCGCAACUGUGUUUAGAAAAACUCAAAAGCUUUUUGAGAUUGCUGGUGUCCGUGUUUCUCACAAAGGUUCUGUUCUUUCCUUGGGUCUGAGCGUGAAUCUUGAAUCAACAGUGAGUGGUGAGAGUGAGUUGGGUUGUGCUUUACCUCAAAUGAGUACUCUUCAGCCAACACUUGGCUGCACCAAGAGUCAGAGAGGUUCAAAGAGGAAGAGAUCCUCAGGAACAUUUACAUCUAAGAAAAUGAAAAGUAGUGAUGUUUCAGAGGUAGUACAUGUAGGUGAUGAUUCAGAUGUAGAGUUUGUAGGUGAGGAUGUGAGUAGCAAACUACAGUUUAAUCCUCUUUGUAAGGAAGUUGCACAAGCUCUGUGCACACAGUUGAAUGUAGAAUCAGAGAAAGUUGAUUUAGUAUCUACAAAUGUUGGUGAGUUAGGGCCUCCAUGUAGUAAUAACAAAAUAGUCGGGGAUGGAAGCUGUUUCUUUAGAGCAGUCAGUCAAGCUGUGAGUGGUACACAGAGUUAUCACAAAGAAAUUAGACGUUCUGUGGUGAAGCAGUUGGAAAGAAAUAGUUUGUUAUAUGAGGGAAUGUUGAGAACUGAGUAUUCAUCAAUGGCAGAAUACCUCAGCAUUUCUAAAAUGCACUUAGUUCGCAGUUGGGCGACAGAAAUUGAGAUUCAAGCAGCAGCAGAUUGUUUAGGAGUAAAUAUAUUCACAUAUUGUAAUGGACGCUGGCUUGAAUACAGUUGCAAGAAUAGGCAGUUGUCAAAUCAGGGAGUGUAUUUGGAAAAUUGCAAUGGUAACCAUUAUGAGACAGUAGUUUGUGUUAAACAACCCCAAAAUCAGAGUUGUUAUGGCUAUUGCAAAGUAGUGACUCCUUGUUCUAGGGUGUACAAUUUUAGAACACAAAGUAGAAAGCAGAAAAAUGUCAUAGACCGGGAGCAUAGUAUAUUGUCUGGAAUGGACACAGAUUGUGUGGAAAGGUCUAGGGAUGUGAGUAAUGUGGCAUUAGAAUUUAAUCCUUUGUCUACUAAAGUUGCAAAAACAUUGUGCAGUAAGUAUAAUGUGGAUUUUGUAAAGCAGGAUGUGCAAGGGCCAACAGUGUCUGGUUCUUUGGGUAAUGUAUGUAAGACAGUUAAAGUUGUAGAGAACGGCAGUAGUUUCUUUGGAGCAGUAGCUCAAGUGAUCAGUGGUUCCCCAAAGAGUCAUAAAAAGAUAAGACUUGCUGUAGUUAAGUAUAUGAAAAGUCACAGUGAACAACACGUGCAGUUAGUUGGAACAGGAUAUGCUUCGAUAUCAGAGUAUAUUGAACAGUCGCGGAUGAUGUAUGUUGCCACUUUUGCCACAGACGUAGAAUUCCAGGCAACAGCAAAUGCUUUUGGGGUGGACAUUUUCAUAUACAGUGGUGACAGAUGGCUUACAUACAGCUGUAAGGGAGCGAUAUUUUCAAAUCAAGGCAUUUACUUAAAACGCAAUGAGCUAAAUUAUUUUGAGUCAGUGGUUUGUGUCCAGCAUGUUGAUGAGCAGAGAUGUUAUGAGUUGUGUAAAGUGGGUAAUUCAUCCAAGACUAGGUACAUGUGUACAAGGAAUUCAGAAAAACAGCAGCAGAGUACUGCAAGUGCAGAAAGUAUGGAAAAAAGUUCACAGAAAUACAGGGAUAAUCUGUUAUUUAGGCAGAAAGUUAAGAAAAUGAGUUUAAGUAAGUAUCAUGGUAGUAUUGAGCAUAAGAAGCGUGUUACAGCAGGUAACAAAUUGAGGAUGCAACAAAAGAAAGAAAUGGCAGGGCAAUUUGAUUAUGUUAUGGAGCAGUUUUUGGAUAAAGUAAAAGAUGGGCCAGAUUUUGUGUGUUGUGUUUGUCAUAGACUGUUGUUUAAACAUCAAGUCUUGAACUGUAAAAGCAGUGAUUACAAGAUGAAGGAAGGUAUAGCGUUAAUUGUAGAUAAAUGUAUUUCUCAAGAUUAUUUACACACAUGUAGUAAAGAUUGUGUACUGCCGUGCCAGUGGUUGGAUACGCCUAGAGGUCAGCUGUGGAUUUGUUACACAUGUCAUUAUAAGAUAAAUAGAGGUGAAGUGCCACCUGAAUGUGCACAGAACAACUUGGCAGUUCAUCCUGUUCCUAAAGAACUCGAGUGUUUGAAUAGUUUAGAGGGACAUUUGAUUGCGUUACACAUUCCAUUUAUGAAGAUGUUGGCAUUACCUAAAGGUGGGCAAAACGGGAUCCACGGGCCAAUCACAUGCGUUCCAGCAAAUAUUGUACAAACUAGUAACUUGCUGCCCCUGUCUAACAUGGAAGGAUCUUUGUUGCCGGUGAAGUUAAAACGCAAGUUAACCUAUAAAGGACAUUAUGAAUAUCAAUAUGUUGAUACUAUGCGCAUUAGGCAGGCUUUGCGUUGUUUAAAAGAGACAAAUGUGCAUUAUAAAGAUGUAGUGUUUAAUGAAGCUUGGUUAAACAAGUUUUGUAGGGAAGCAGAUGCUUUAAACAAAAACAGUGAGUCUAAUGUAGAAAGGGAAGAACCAUCUGACGGUGGGGAAGAUGAACUUCUACAUGAUAGACAGCAACAUUGUAUGUUUCAGGACACGUGUCUCAUGCCUGUUGAUAUUGGUCAGGAAGCGUUGGAUCAAUAUUUUGAUGAUAUAUUGAAUUUGGCUCCAGCAGAAGGAAAUACUCCUGUGAAAUUGUUGACUGAUCAUACCAAUGAAGCCAAAUGCUUCCCAGUGUUGUUCCCAAACGGGUGCUCUACAUACCAUGAUAGUAGACAGCAUCGUUUGACAAGGUCGCGUUAUUUUAACAACAGGAUUUUACAUGCUGAUGGUAGAUUUGCAAAAAAUGUUGAGUUUAUCUUUUUUGGUCUGUACAGUUAUGAGCUUGAACAAAUUGUGUCAAAUGUGUCUAUAGCUUUACGGAAAGGAAAAUCAGGUGGUAGAUCUCAAAAAGUUAUUGAUGUUUUGAACAAUGAGGAAUCUUUAAAGAAGUUGUUGGAGUUUGAUGAUGGCUACCGUUUCCUUAAACCUAUUAGAGGUACCCCAGCUUUUUGGCAGGGAGCACAGCGGGACCUGUUGGCUUGCGUUCGUCAGCUCGGUGUCCCGACAUGGUUUUGUUCAUUUUCUUCUGCUGAUAUGCGGUGGAAAAGUCUUCUUAAUAGUAUUUUGAAACAGGAAGGAAGAACGCAGACAGUUGAGGAUUUAGAAUGGGCAGACCGAUGUGAGCUUUUACGUUGUAAUCCUGUCACUGCAGCAAGAAUGUUUGAUUUUCGCUGGCAUUGUUUUUUGAGGGAAGUGCUGAUGUCUCCAUCACAUCCCAUUGGCAAAAUAAAGGACUACUUUUAUAGGGUGGAAUUCCAGCAGCGUGGUUCACCACAUGUCCAUUGUCUAUUUUGGAUUGAGAAUGCUCCUGUAAUUGAUAAAAACACAGAUGAAGAGGUAAUUCAGUUUAUAGAUCGGUAUGUCACAUGUGAAUUACCGUCACAAGAUGAGCCCUUAAAGGACAUUGUGACAUCUGUGCAACAGCAUUCAAAGCGACACUCAAAAACUUGUAAAAAGAAUAAAACGGUUUGUCGUUUCAAUUUCCCCAGGCCAGCGUCCACUCGAACAUUUAUAUGUCGUAGCAUCGUUGAAGACGAGAGCAAAAACAUGUGUACAUGUACGGUUGAUGCAGCUCAAGGGAUGGCAGAUUGUGCAUGCAAGAAACAGGGGCAGGAACAACCUCCAAAAAUGGAAAAAGAGAAAGCGUCAAAGAUUUUGACAGCAAUUAAGGAUGCUCUAUCAGAUGAGCAUGCUAGCUAUGAUAGUGUGGAAGAGUUGUUUAGGCAUUUAGGUAUAAAUCAAACGGUUUUUGAAGCUGCAUAUAAUCGUUUUGGUAGGAAAACACAUGUCGUGUUGAAAAGGCAGGUUAAUGAGGUGUGGAUUAAUCAAUAUAGCAAACUACUGUUAAAAUGCUGGAAUGCAAAUAUGGACAUCCAAUUUGUUGAUAAUGUGUAUAAAUGUGCAGUUUAUAUCAUUUCUUAUAUGUCAAAGGAUGAAAAAGAUGUGGGACUAUUCUUGCUCAAUGCACUUCGGGAAGCAGCUAAGGAAGGAAAUUUAAGUGCAAAAGAGGCAUUGAAAAAUUUAGGUAGUGUGUAUUUACACAACAGAGAUGUGUGUGCUCAAGAGGCUGUGUAUAGGUUAACAAAUAUGCAUCUGAAGGAAUGUUCAAGGAAAGUUGUGUUUGUGCCAGUAGGGGAUAAUGUGGUGAAAAUGAGUUUGCCUUUAAGUGUGUUAAAACAAAAGGCAUCAUCACAAGAUCUUAGCACAGAAGACAUGUGGAUGACUAGUUCUGUGGAUAGGUAUAAGAAGAGGCCAAAAGAUGCUUGUUUUAAUGACAUGUGUAUGGCAACGUUUGCAUCGGAGUACCGUGUUCUGUCUAAAAACGAAAGGUCCGUUAACAGGAUAAAACUUGAAAAUGAUUGUGGUUUUAUUAUGAAAAGAACGCGUACACAACCUGCAGUUAUUCGUUACGUGCGCUUUUCUGAGACAAAGAGCCCAGAGUUGUUUUAUCAGAGUAUUCUGCAAUUGUUUCUGCCAUAUCGGGAAGAUGUGCAGUUAAAACCCAGAGGUUUUGAGAAGUAUGAAGAGUUUUACAGUAGUGGUCGUGUGAUAUUAGGGGAUGGAUUGUUACAUUUGGUCAAGUCUGUUGUUAAUUUAAAUAGAAGCAAAUUUGAAAUAAAUGCAGAUGAGUUGGACGAUAUCCAAAAUGCAGUUGAUAGGGAUGGUGUUGGAGAAGAUGCCUGGUGUGAGCUGUGCCCAGAGCAAGAAUUGGAACGUUUAGAGUGUAAACAGCUGAUUGAGGAUAAAAUUCAGAUGUUGGAUGAAGAGAUAGAAAAUAUUCCGGAUUUAGGAGUGAGUAGGGAUCAAGUUGCACAUUUGGAAAAGAAAAAUAACAUCCUGUGCAGAAGUGAUGGUCUGGCGUUACUUCGAUCUCUGAAUGAGACACAGAUGUGUAUUUUUUAUCAGAUUAGACAGUGGUGUUUAGAUAAGGUAAUGGGGAAAAAGCCAGACCCAUUACGUGUUUUCAUUACAGGUGGUGCAGGGACAGGAAAGAGCCAUUUAAUAAAGGCUAUCCAGUAUGAGGCAAUGAGGUUGUUGUCGACAGUGUGUCGUCACCCGGACGAUACUUGUGUUGUGUUAACUGCGCCAACAGGCAUAGCUGCAUACAAUUUACAUGCAGCUACUAUCCAUAACACGUUUUGCAUUGGGAAAGAUGUACGCUUACCGUACACGCCUUUGGGUGAAGAAAAGGUUAAUUCCUUACGUGCUAAAUAUAGUAGCUUGCAGAUGUUGAUAAUUGACGAAAUCUCCAUGGUUGAUCAUAAGAUAUUGGCUUAUAUCCAUGGUAGGUUACGACAGAUUAAACAAACUGAUUCCCCUUUUGGGAAUGUUAGUGUAGUUGCUGUUGGGGAUUUUUUCCAGUUGCCUCCAGUGAGAGGGAAACCCCUGUAUGUUGGUGAUGUAGGUGUGGAUUUGUGGUCUAGCCUGUUUAGCGUUGUUGAGUUGAAAACAAUCGUUCGGCAGAAAGAUAUUGUGUCAGAGUUGUUGAACAGAGUGAGAACUCGUUCAAGGGAACCGAUGCUAGACGGCGACAUUAAGAUAUUGAAACGUUGUGAGACUGGUGAAGUUAGCUCAGCUUUACACAUAUUUCCUACAAAUAAACAAGUAAAUGAGCACAAUAUUAAUCAACUACUUAAGACUUGUCCUGAAUAUGUUGCGAUAAAUGCUCAAGAUUUUAAUAGUAAGAAAACAGGCAAGCUUGAGUUAAUGAAGGGGCAUCAUGCAAAAGCAUACAAUACGUGUUUGGCUGAAACACUGCUUUUAGGCAAAGAUGCCCGUGUUAUGUUGUGUAAAAAUGUAGAUGUAAUGGAUGGUCUGGUUAAUGGUGUGUGCGGCACAGUAACGCAUAUAGUUUAUCCCAAAGACGAUAAAAAGUUUCCUCAAACUGUGUACAUCAAAUUUGAUGAUGAUCAUAUUGGUGCACAGAGGAGGAAACGCUGUGCAAAUGCUUCAGCAGUUGUAAUGGGAUCUACAAGUAUUGAAGCAGACGAGGACAGGGUUACUAAUAAAGGUGGAUUGCGCCGGCAAUUUCCUCUGAAACUUGCUUGGGCCUGUACAGUACACAAGGUACAAGGACUUACUGUUGAUAAAGCUGUAGUGUCCCUUGAAAAAGUAUUUUCUGCGGGACAGGCAUAUGUGGCAUUAAGUCGUGUCAGAUGUUUGUCAGGGUUGGUGAUUCAGGAUUUUGAAGAGAAAGCCAUAUACUGCAACGAGAACAUUAAAGAUGCAAUUCAGAGUAUGCCUCCGUUCUUGGUUGAUAAUGUUACCGGGCACAAUUUCAAUACGCAUACUUUUACUGUGUUUUUGAUGAAUGUGCAGAGUUUGGCACGGCAUGUAGCAGAUUUAGCAUUAUGUACACAGCUUCAGCUUAACUGUAUUGCUGUAACAGAAACAUGGCUGCCUGCUGCUGACUCAUUAGAAAAUGUAAAGAUUGACGGAUACAGUUUCCAUAGCCGGCCACGAAGUCUGUCAUAUAGUAGUAGUAACCCAGUGUUAAUUGAAUUGCAAAGCCAGCAACAUGGUGGAGUUGGCAUGUAUAGUGCAGAAUUGGCCUGUGACAUUGUCCAAGUAGCAGAUAUGAAUUUGGAGUGUUUGGUGUACAAAUUUGCUAGUUGCGAUAUUGUAUUAGCAGUCAUUUAUCGUCCACCGUCCUAUCCAUUGUCUUUGUUCAAACAGCAUUUAGGUAAGUUACUUGAUUGGCUAGAUCCACUAAGUAACACAGUUGCUGUCAUGGGAGAUUUCAAUGAUGACAUUUUGAAAUCAUCAACAAUCUGCCAUUUGUUGACAAACAAAGGGUUUGUUCAACAUGUUAAACAACCAACAACCGAGAAAGGCACGUUAAUUGAUCAUGUGUAUGUAAAAACAACACAGUACGAUGUUGAAACUGUAGUGUGGCCAACUUAUUUCAGCGAUCAUGAGGGGGUUGUAUGUUCUUUUAACUGUGUGGGAUGCGUGGACGUGGCAGCUGCCUCGCCGCUACAACCGGGUGCCGAAGUGACGGUGGAAGAGCAGCUGUUUCCCUUCACCACUCUGGUGUCAUACGUGCCCAAGAGGCAUAGGAGCGUGGUGCUGCUGAGCACACUGCACACGGGGGAUGCGUGCGUCGGCGCCAGCAGGCAAGCAAAACCUGACAUCAUCUUUCAUUACAACCACAGCAAGGGCGGCGUGGACAACAUCGACAAGCUUGUGGGCACGCCUGAGUGGAUGCGCGGCAAGCUCAACAAGAGAAGGGCGUUCCUCGAGCAAUUGGGAAGGACGCUUUUCAAUCCGCUCAUAGAGAGACGGCAGUUUCUGCCUCGCACGGAUGCAUCCGCCGCGCUUGCCGUCACAGCAAGGAGGUCCUGUGGUGGUGGUGGUGGCGGCGGUGGCAGCGGCGGCAGCUGCAGCGGCACAGUCACAAGGGGCCUAGAAGAGGACGGGGAUUUGGAACUGGACACGGCGACGCACUGCGAGGUUCCACAUCUCCCCCGCCGCCCCAGUCACUCCAGCCGCAUCGGACCCGGCACCGGGCUCAACAUCAGCCGAACCCGGGCCGCCAGCCCCCGCGGACGGAGUUUCUGGCGCCGCAGCCUCGCCAUCAGCCGGCGCUUGCUUUCUGUGGGGACUCCGCUUGUGUCCCACACCCCCACACUCAAAACAUUUCAUCUGCUCAGAGCUGAUGGCCUAUCUGAUGACAAUGAGUCUGUGGAUGAAGAGGACAAUGAAGUUGAUGAUGAUGCAUCAGAAGAAGAUGUUCCACGCUUACCCCGGUGGACACCCCACAGUGCCAACAUCACUGAUUACCCAGAAUGGCAGUGUGACACCAACAAGCCCCUUAACAUCACUACUAAAGAACUUGAGCAGUUCAUGGGUACAGCAGUGUACAUGUCCUUGUUUGGAUUACCAGGCACCCGCAUGUUUUGGAACAAAGCCACCCGAGUGUCCCAGGUAGCUGACACCAUGGCACUAAACAGAUGGGAGUUCAUCAAAAAAUCCCUGCACUUCAACAACAACAAUCAAACUACGGGUGUCAACUUGAUGUGUAACGCUGAGUUGAAGAGAACAGGACGUGGGUCUUUUGAACAGAAGACGGCCAUGGUUGGGGAAACCACCUUGCAUGCUGUGAAGUGGUCGAAGAAGUGGUACCACCGGCUGAUGUUCCACUUUAUCGACAUGACCAUCGUGACUGCCUGGCUGCUCUACAGGAGAGACUGCAGCAGCACUGGGAUGAGGAAAAAGGAACAGAUGAAGCUUUAUACGUUCAAGUCGUAUAUUGCAGAAAGCCUGUGCAAAACUGGCAAGAAUCUGGAUCGUAAGAGAGGUCGUCCCCGUUCCACAAUUGCUGGGGAGUAUGAUGAAAAGAGGAGAAGAGGACCCACUACACCCAUUCCGGUCCCAGAUGUGCGUCUGGACGCAACAGCCCACUGGAUGGUCAUGUGUGAGAAGAAAGGGAGAUGCAAGGUUCCAGAAUGCAAUGGUACACCUAAAGCCAAGUGCCAAAAAUGUGAUGUCCACCUCUGCUUCACAUCCACCAGCAACUGCUUCCUGAGGUUUCACACAGAAUAA